UAAUACUUCCUGGCUUUCUACAUUUGCAGUAGCUUAUGCAGCAUAUUUUUGGGGGCUAUUUGGACGCUUAAACUUAUGAUGCCCGUUUAGCUUUAUCUUCUUAUCAAUGCAUGAUUUCUAGGUCUUCUGUUUUGCAUCAACAUAUUUCACUGCCUCACUAAGUACUGAACCGUAAAAUAUUGCAGCAAACUGUAUCACCUUCCUCUGAGGGUUGUUGUAUUAUCAAAUAUAUUCACCUCAUCACUAGUGAAGACAUCUUCCUCAUUGUACAAAAGAAGUAAGAGUGGUGAAUGUCUGCAUGUACAAUAACUUCUUAUUGCUGGUGAUGGUGACUUGAUGGGAGGAAAGAGCCUUUUCCUUUUUUCUCAUAUUGGCUUUCUGUGGGAAAAUAAAGCCUCUCCAGGAGUUUGUGUAGUUUUGUUGCGUAGUUGCUUAGUUUUGUAAGUAUUGGGACUGACAAAGAUGCAGUAUCAAUUUAGUGCUAGUAAUAAAAUCUUAAAUAAAUCUAACAUCUUGUUGUCAAAUAUGAUUUCUAACCCUCCACAAUAUUUCUGGCUAACUAAAAAACUAUGCAAAUUGCAAAUUCCUGGAGAGUGUUUAAUAUGGCUGCAGCACUCUGGUAAGAAGAUAAACAAUCAUGCAAUUUCAAAAUAAACAUGAAAAAGUGGAUGACUUAUUUUGUUUGCAUUAUAGAACAGAAGGGCUUUUGAGAGAGCAGAGAAUACUAAAAGGACAGAGAGCAUGGAGCUUCAAAAAACUGCAGGGGAAAUAGAGAUUAGUCAUCUUAAGCAACGGGUCCAGGAACAGGAAGCUGUGCUGGUUGAAAGACAAGCACAGCUGGAAAAGUUGGAAGGAGAAGUAGCCACACAACAGAAGACAAUUGAUGAUCUAAGCUUUCAGAAAUCACAGCUGGAGCAUGACGUUAAUCAGUAUUGCACCAAGUUAGAAAUAGCGGUAAAAGACAAAGCUGCCAGUGAACAAGAAUUAAGUAACACAAAACAGUUAAUUGAGCAGUCAGAGGCCAGGUGGUCUUUGGCUCAGAAGAACCUAAAGGACCUCUUAAAGAAAAGUACUGAUGGCCAAGAUCUUAAGAAACAGAGCCCCAAAUUUCAGAGAAAAAUAAACAUGGCGGAAAGUACUGAGGAACAGGUGCUAAGUCAAGUAAAGGCUAAAGAAAAUGAUCUGGCUCAGCAGCCUUUUUCAUAUGAUAGUCAGUCGACAGUUGAAAGUGAGUCUGAGUCAUCUGCAGUCAGACAAAAUGACACAAUGAUGGCAGAUGUCCUGCAGCAGAAAGUAGAGGAACUAGUCCUGAUCCAGAAGAGAGCAGAAAUGGCUGAGGAGAAAGCACAAAGUUAUAAAAAUCUGUUGGAUGACAGCAAUAACAGACUGAAGAAACUUCAGGCGGACAUGGAAACUAAAAGGAUCAACAUGAGACAAAAAUCAGAGGAUCUCCAGCAGGAAGCAAAGAACAUGAAGAAAUCCAUUGAUGAACUUCAAGAGGAAAUCAGAUCUCUCCAAAGAGCAAAAUCCUCAUUGGAACACAAUACGUUUUUCCAAAGCACUGAAGUUGAAGGCCUCAAAGAGCAGUUGAAGAUUACACAAGCAGAACUGCAUAAGAAAGGCACCAUGGAGCAGGAAAAUAUUCACAAGAUUAACAACUUGGAAGAAGAGCUAGCUUCCAAGCAGGCAGUAGUAGAUCAGCUGAAGUUUAAAUGCAAUGAGCUGACACGUAUGAAUGUCUCAUCUGAUAGUAAUAUUAGAGGUCUUCAGAUCCAAACAGAGUCAUUGGAAAAAGACAGAUCAUUUUCUGAACAGAAGAUCAAGUCUUUAAAGUGCGAGAUAGAGAGCUGGAAACAGCAACUUCAAACAGCGAAGGAAGAAAACAACUUAAUGAAGAGAUCUGAGCAGGCGUCGCAGCUCAAAAGUAAAAACCUCGAAUCAGAACUUAAAAAAAGUGAAUUAGUUUCUUCUCAGUUGCAGCAAAAGGUAGAUGAGUUAAAACAGGUGAAUAUGGAGAUGGAAAAUAAUCUGAAGAAUUUAAGAGCUAAACUCGAUCAGGUGACAAUGGAAAUUGAGAGCAAGGAUCAGCAAAUUAAAAUAUUCAAGUCUCAGGUGGAGGCCACUAAAUCACAGGUUAGAAUUAUUGAGGACGAACUAAGUAAUAAAUCUCAGACCUCCCAUGAGCUUCAAAUGAAACUUCAAGGUUAUAGUGAGGAGGUGAGGCAAAUGACUGGACUGCAACAGAAUAUCCAAACACUAAAUUCAAAAAUUGCCAAUUGUGAGAAAGAAAUAACAACUCUGAAAUCAGAGCUGGAGUCAGCGUUUGCUGAGAAGAAUUCUGCUAUUGGAAAGAUCCACAUGCAAAAUGCUGAAAUCAAUGAUUUGAACAUGAUGCUAAAAAACAGAAAUGCAGAACUGCAAAAAGAAUCUGCAGAGUGUCAAAAACAUCUUAAUAAAGUCAAGGCAAUAGAAGACGAGCUUUUCAAACAUAAGCACAGUACUAAAGGGUUAACAGGCAGCUCAGAGAAAAUGACAGAAAACCUAAAUCAGGAGUUGUAUGCUCUUCAGAAUGACAAGAGAUCAUCAGACAGAAAUGUAGAGAACUUGAAUGUUAAACUCUUAGAGCUCAGCUCUUCCCUCCAAAGAACCAAAGAUGAAUUGUUGAAAGAGACCAGAGAAAGAAAAGUCAAAGAAUCAAAAAUAUUGCAGAUGGAGAAUGAGCUUCAGAAAAAUAAAGUGACAAUGAAAGAAGUAAUGUUGAGUUCUGACAAAUCUCAGUUAAAUUUACAACAUGAAAAUACUAUCCUUAAGAAGGAGAAAGCUGAGGCGCUAGAGAAAAGCAUUUUGUUGGGAUCCGAAGUCAGAAUGCUGAAAGAAAAGCUGCAGCGCACUCAAACUGAAGCUGAACAAAAGCAAAAUGAAAACUCUGUCCUUCAGCUGAGGUCCCAGCAGAUGGAAGAACAACUUGAAAAGUGCAAGAAAAUGCUAGAUGACUUAAAAAGUAAACUAGACCUUCAGAAAGAGGGCUAUGAGAGGCAGUUGUUGCUAGUCCAGACUGAAAUAGAGAAAAAACUUAUUUUACUUCAAUCUGAAAUUUUAAGUGAAAGCGGGAAAUCACAACAGCAUUCACAUAGCGCAGAAUUAGCAGAGAUGCUAAACAAGUAUUUCAAACAGGAUGUCAAACAGAUAAAAACAGUGUAUCAGACCACUGAAAAAACAUUGGACCAACAGCUGCAACUGCAGAUCAAAAUAGACAAACUACAGCAAGAAAGAACACAGCUCGGACAAGACCUCUCAAAUGCAAAAUCCCAAAUUGCCCAACUUGAGGAAGACAGACUUAAACUGAACUCAAAAGUAAGCGCUUUACAAAGCCUUUGCAAUGAACAGUCAAAUGAGUCAGCUAAGAUAACAGACAGUGAGUGGAAACUGACAUGGAAGGAAAACGAAGCGAGAUCUCUUCAGGAACAGCUAGAGGUGAAAAGUCUACAAGAAAAGCUGUUGGCGCUCGGGGUCAGGACAAAGACUGAUAACCAGAGGAUAAACAAACAGGAAAUCACUGAAGCCAGUUACUAUGCAAAAGACAACAAGGCUGCUUUGUUGAAGACAGAACAUACAGUGAGGCAGAAGAUGGUGCCCUCUGCUGAAAGUGCAAAAUGCAACCUGGAGGACGAGAUUUUCAAAAUGAAAGUGUCCUCAGAGAUGGCCACAAUGGAGAAAGAACAUAUUCUUGAAGGACUGACACAAGUCAAACAAGACAAAAUGGAAGUCACUCACAGCCAAAGACUUUAUGAUUCAACAACAAAGAAAACCUUAAAUUGCUCUACUUAUCAAAUUCUCCCACAAAAACACAACACGCAAGAUAUGACCCACAAGAGCCAAAUCAAGCCUGAUGAGCCCAUGACUGUGACAACACAUGGAUACAUGGCUCUGUGUGGACUAACAGACAAAAGCCCAAGUGAAACACAUAGCAUCACUAAGACAAGAAAGUAUCAGAUCGUAGAGACAUGUGAAAGUGUAACCACAUCAGACAGUGAGGAGAAACUGAGUGUCAUAUAUUCAACUUCCCAAAAGCUCCCAGAACUCAAAGGCAGCCUGAGUAUUCAAAACUUAAUCAAGUUUAAACUCUUGGAUAACGAGGUUUUGCGUAGGUUUGAGAUGGGUCUCAUCACAACGGAAGAGGUGCAAGCUUCGCUCGCUAAGUACACUGUUAAACCAACUACUAUUGCUGGAGUUUAUGUGGAGUCAAGUAAGAAAAAGAUAUCUUUCCUAGAAGCUGCAGAGAAGGGCUUCUUAGCAAAGACGUACGCUCUUGAGUUCUUGGAGGCUCAGGCUGCCACAGGAAGCCUCACAGAUCUGGCCACAGGGCAAACACACUCAGUUGUUGAAGCUUUAGAGAGAGGUAUUAUAGAGACAGGGCUGAAAGAUAAACUGAUGGAGGCUCAGAAAGCUGUUAGUGGCUACAUCCAUGCUGGCAGAAAGCUAUCUGUGUUUCAGGCAAUGGAAGAAAGGAUUCUCGAUAGAUACAGAGGCAAGAAGAUCCUUGAGGUCCAGGUAGCUACUGGAGGACUGAUCAACCCAGAGAUUGGUGUCAGGGUGCCGGCUAGCAUUGCUGUUGAUCAGGGUCUUUUAAACAAGGAGACUCUACAGAGUUUGUAUGAUCCAGUCAGUAACCCCAAAGGUUUUCACAACCCUGACCGUGGACAGAAAGCAUACUACUCUGAAAUACUGAAGGCAUGCCUUUACGACACCAAUGGUGGUGUAUUUCUCUUCCCAUUUGGUGAGAAACAUCUAACUAACACCUCUCCCACAAGUUCUCAUAGAGUGUCUGUUGUCAGCACCAACUGUGGCAUUGAAAUGUCUGCUUACGAAGCAUUCAAGGGGAGACACAUUGACAACAGGACGUAUCUGUUUCUGUCACAGCAGGAAAGUGAAUGGCAGGAAAAGUCCAUAGUUGACCCCAAUGGAAGCCCACUUCACAUCAUAACUGAUGUCAAAAGUGGCCGACAACUUUGUCUAGAGUCCGCUCUAAGUCAGAGGUUUCUUGAAAUAUCUGAGCUUGAAAGCUAUCGCAUUGGGCUUCUUAGCAUCUAUGAGAUUGCGGAUAUCAUAUUUUCAAGAAUGGUUGUUGUGGAAGAUGUUAACAGCCCCAUUGCUGGUCUCUGGGACAUCACUCAGAGGAAGAGGCUGUCAGUUCUUCAGGGUUUUCAACAGGGCUUUACUGAUAGAGCCACUGCUUUAAGGCUGUUGGAGGCCCAGGCCUGCACUGGAGGUAUUUGCGACCCCUCUUCAGGGGAAAAAGUUACUCUCUCGGAGGCUCUCAAACGAGGUCUUUUAGAUGAGGCUUUGAAUCAGCAGCUCCAACAGUUUGAGCAGGUGUUUAAUGGCAUUGUUCACCCCAAGACUUUAAAGACUUUGUCCAUCCCCCAGGCUGUUCAGGAAAAUCUCAUCCCAAAGGAUGUUGGUUUUCGCUGUAUCGAAUUCCAGCUUCUGACUGGAGGAUUGAUAAAUUCUGACACCCGUGAUAGAGUCUCACUUGAAGAAGUCAUUCAGAGUGGCCUUGUUGACAAAGUAACAGCCGCUGCACUCAAAGAUGAGAAGUUCCACACUAAAAGCCUCACCUGUCCAAAGACCAAGAGAAAAAUAACGUUCAGAGAGGCACUUGAAAGAAGUGUGUACGACUGCCACACAGGGUUAAGGUUACUGGAUGCUACAAAAAUACAUGGUUUUGGAGCCAAAUCAACAUUUCAUUAUGUUUGGGCAUAUAAGUAAUACACAUUUGUAAAUAUAUGCUUGUCCAUUGCAUAAAAGCAAUAUGCAAAAGUUGCAAAUAUGUUUGUUUUUUUGUGUUUGACUGUGAAGUUAGCUUGACUUCACUGCUGAAUGUUUUAUUUUUGGUUUACACACAUUUAAAUGUGGUUGAUACUACUGAAAAUGGUUCUUAAGCUUUGGUGUUUUUAGUCUGACUAUGCAUGUAUUUUGACAAUGCCCCUCCCUUUCAGGAUUCCCUCCUAGUGUUUUUUGUAACAAAGUUAAAAAUCUUGUCAAAAACAAUCUGUUUCAAUUGUAGA